GGCCAUAGAGGUGAGUUCCAGUUCAAAUUGUUUUUCGGUUUUAUCAUGACUGCUGACUUUUUGGGUAAACGCAACGAGAAUGUUACGGCGUCAUUUCCGGAGCGACCCGACCGCACAUCACGUGACAUACGAACGCAGCCUUGAAACUGUCCGGAAAUGACGUCACGGCUCCGCCAUAUUGACGCUACCUGCGGAUUCGGACAACACUGGUGUCACUAGUUUGUUAUUCACCUUAUUUGACUAAAUGGGCGCCUAUUACUGCGCCAUAUGUAGGCAAACGGCGUUCAACGGGAAAGGACAUAUCUUCGGGAAACACCACCAAAGCAGACUUAGGCUUGUGUUAAUGAAAUUCAUUGAAAAGGUAAAAGAAGCACGGCGCACACUUAACAAACCCGAAGUUGACAAAUUUGAGAGCGCUCAACACGAGAAAACCUUUUGGUGUUACUGCUGCGGGCGGGAAGUGGAACGAAAUGUCACUGACGGCAACAUGACCGUCCGACACGGAGGAUUGUUGGAGCACAUGGCCACGCCAGAACACAGAAAGAGUACCCACAAGUUCUGGUGGGAAAACAAGGCAGACCCCAAGUUAAAAGACAAAGUCAUCAUCACGCAGGAAGAGACUCAACGGUUCAAAGCUGAAGUGGCCAAAGUGUUGGAAACAUUUGUGGAGAAGGAGGAUGAAUUCAUCAAACAGCAAGCCGAGUUGAUCCGGGCCCAGGAGAAAGGGCGCCAAGAGCUCCUCGAGUCUCGUCUAGAGCAUGAAGCAGCGCCAGAGUCAAGCAACGGACCAAACGCAGCAGAAACUGUCACAGGGGCCGGUGUCAGCUUUCGGGGGAUGACGACGUGGGGAGCCCGCCAGCGCACGGCGAGAAGCCUCGUCGAUUCGACGCUCAACGCGCAGGAGCGGGGCCUGACUUUUAUUGGUCAUCAGGAUUCGUCAAACAGUGGAAAUGUACACACAGGUGCCGUGCCUCCUUGGCUCCAGAAUGAUGAUCCGCUCGAGGGGACGUCUUCAAACACGGCACCUCCCGAGAUUGGCCCGUCGGCCCAGGAGUUCCUCAGGCAGAAGGAGCAAGAGAAGCUGAGGAAGCUCCCCCCAAACCGAGUCGGGGCCAACUUUGACCAUAGCUCACACACGGACGCCAACUGGUUGCCCUCCUUCGGCCGCGUGUGGAACAGCGGCAGACGUUGGCAGUCCAGGCACCAGUUCAGACAGGAGGAAGGCCAGAAGAAUAAAGCAAAGAGGAAAAUGAAGCAAGGUGGGGAAAGGUCUAAGAAAGCAAAGAUGACAGCAAAUGACUAAUAUCUGAGUUGGUGGACCGAGGUUGCGUCCUCGGUUUACGACAGAGUUCCAAUUCCUGUCGUAAUCUGAAAGCAGCAUUCAAGUCUAUUAUGGUGAAUAUUUGUUUGAGAGAAACACCUACGCGAUAAAGUAAAAAAAUAAAUAAAAUUGAAAAACUGUAAAUAUGAA